AUGGCCCAGUUCAAGCCCAAGCGCUGGCAGGUCGAGGACCAGUGCGGCCUCUGCGCCGCGCCCUUCACGCUCAUGAACGCGCGGCACCACUGCCGCCACUGCGGCAUCUCGGUCUGCGGCAAGCACUCGAAGAACAAGGUCAUCGUGCCCACGUCGCUCUCCAAGGUGCCGCAGCGCGUGUGUGACAAGUGCUACCCCAAGUGCCGUAGCGCGGCGAGGGGCCUGCCGCCGCCUCCUUCGCGGGACCUGCCGGACGACCAGCCUCGACGACACACGCUCGAGCGGGACUACGGCCACCGGAUGCGCAGCCCCCGAGACGGGGCCAGAAGGACGCUCGAGGGCGCGCGGCGUGAUAACAGGACGUGGAAUGGAGACGCCGACUACGACGAGCCGAGGCGCCUCAUGCGACGCGAUGUAGACCCUCGCGCGGCGCAGGAACGCCGCAUGAGGUCUCCGCACAGCAAAGAGAAGCCUGCGCGUGACGGAGAUCUGCAUCCUAAAGAGCUUGGGCGUGAGAGAGAUCCACGGGAGAAAGAGCGACGUCACAGGGACCCACGCGAGAAGGACCCGCGUGAGCGAGAACGAGAACGGCGCCAUAGAGACCCCCGUGAGAGGGAACGACACCCCAGUGAGAGGGAACGCCGUGACAGGGAUCCGCGUGAGCGCGAGCGGCGAGACAGAGCUCUGCUUGAGAGAGACCUGUUCGACAAGCCUCCGCGCGAGAGGUCUUCUCGGGACUCACCGGCUCAAAAAGAGCGUCACCGCAUACCGAGCACGGAGCCGAUCAGGAGCCGGAAGAAUGAGCAGAUGCGCAGUCCGGCGCCCAGUGCCGUCAAGCGAGUGAGCGACAAGAUGCGUGAAGAAACAACCUCGACAUGCCGCACCACCUCGUCGACAUUGAGCAAUCUCUAUGCUGCUAUCAACGCGACUGAGGAGGUCAAGGCAAAAGUGAAGGCGCCUCCACCACCACCGAAGCGCCCGCCACCGCGCAAGAAGGAGAAGGAGACGCCGAGUGCUUUUGCUGACUCGACCUUCUCCAUUUUCAGCCUCGCGGGGUCCGAUCACUCGGACUCGGGAGCCAAGGCCCGCGUGGCUAAGAAGAAGGAGGCGCGUCGACCUGGAAAAGGUCGGACCCAAGAAUCGAUGGAGAAGAAGGAGCACCUGGACUUCAGCGCUUCAUCCAGCAGCGUCAAGAGCUUUGAGGUGUCGGCGAUCACGCAGAAGUACCUGAACCCGAAGCCAGCGAAGGCGGCGAUGCAGAAGACUACCCUAAAGCCGAUGAUUGAGGAAGACAGUGAAGAGGAAUCGACUCGAGGACCAAGCAGACGUAAAGCGGUCCCGGUGAGCGAGAGAAAGGCAAAGCCGAGUCAGCGCCAGCACGACAAGAAGCUCCGCGGUGAAUCGCAUAAGAUGCUUCCUCCGUUCCAACGUGAGGGUAGAAAGCCAUCGUCUCAAAAUAGUGGCGGCGGCAAGUCAUCGCGCACGUCGUCUAUCUCUGACGACGACUUCGACGAAUUUAAGGCGACGCAGUUCUCGCUGAGCAGCGACAAUUUCUUUAACGCCGACGACGAGUGCUUCAGCAACGACGAGGACGAGGCGCUCGCCAAGCGUAUCGCUGCGUCGAGUCGAGAGAAGCAGAAGCAACAGCUAGAGCAGGCCACCAAGCUUCGGGCCAAGAAGGCAGCCAUCGCUGGAAUUGACCCUGCCAGUCUCGAGGCGAAGGAAAAGGCCCCCACCACUGCGAACUACAAGUUGACGGAGCAAGAUCAAGAGAUCAUGCGUCAGAUGGCGGAACUGGAAGCGAUUGUCCUUCAGCACCAGAAGGAGCUGCCGGACCUGCUGGACAUGUACAGCGAAGCCUCCAAGCGAGCGGAGAAGGCGCAGAAGGAGCUGCAGAAGGCGAAGGCGCGCGUGGCCCGAUACGAGAAGGCUCAUGCUACUGUGGCGCGAGCUAUUCGCUCCGGGCGACUGUACAUGAAGCAGAAGGAGUACAUGGCGGCAAUUCUGGAGCUUUCACGCGCCAUCGGCAUCGAGCGCUCGAACGCCACGCUGUGGUACAUGCUAGCGGAGUGCCGAUUGAAGGUUGGCCAGCCUGCCGCCGCCGAGGAAGCGUGUAUGACAAGUCUGAAGCAACAGCCUACUGGCGCGGGCGUGGCGCUGCUGGGCCGCAUCCUGCACGAGCGUGGGCGUCACGACGAGGCCAUUGAGUGUUAUUUAUCAGCUUUGGGGCGAAACGAUGAGAGCGAGGACGAACAAGGUAGUGAGUAG